CUUGAGAGAGAAAAAAACAGAGCAGCGCAGAGCAGAGCAGAGCUGCUGAACUGCUUUAACAUUGAUUCUACAGUGAUUACUGUCAAAGAUCUUAUCGUACAACUUAAUGCUUCAAAAAAUUAACCCCUCUCCUUAGUCCCUCUCUUCUUCAAACCAAAAACUUCAUCUGCUCAGAUUGAGCAUGCGCAUCAGCAGAAGCAGAACCUCUUGGGGGUCUUUGUACUAAUUUUUCUGACUGACCCUCUUGAGUACAUUAAAAGAUAGGUGAAAAAGAAGAAGGAAGCUUCAAUUGCUUAAGGGGUUAGCUGGUUUUCACUUGCGUAGUCGUUUUUUUCUCGUCGUUAUUCAUUUAGAGAGAGAGAGAGAGAGAGAGGGGGGGAUUAUUGAAUAGAGAGAGAAAGUGUGGGGAAAGGGGAAUAAAAGGUAAGUAAGAUAGAAACUUCUUUUGCCCCGCCCCCAUUGGAUUCCUUCUUUGGUUUUGUGUAUAUAUUUGCAUUGGGGUUUCUUUUGUGUGUUUUAAUAAUCAAAAGCUGAAGAAGAAAUGGCAAGUCGAUGGUGGGCUGAAAAUAUACCCACCACCACAGAUAGCAGCACCACCAACCCUUAUUCGACUCCAUUAAAGCAAAGCUUAGAAGCUGCGGAUGAAGAAAACAACUCCGGCAGCUAUGAGAGAGCUGAACCAGGCACCGGCUCCACCACGCGCCGCCCACGUGGUCGGCCGCCGGGAUCCAAAAACAAGAUGAAGCCUCCGGUGGUAGUCACCAAGGAGAGCCCCGAUGCUCUCCGGAGCCACGUUUUAGAAAUCGGCAGCGGCAGCGACAUCGUCGAAAGCAUCUCGAACUUCGCUCAACGUCGCCAGCGAGGGGUUUCUGUCCUCAGUGGAAAUGGGGUUGUCGCCAAUGUCACUCUAAGGCAUCCGGCCGCCCCUGGCAACGUUAUUACUCUACAGGGACGGUUUGAUAUAUUGUCGCUCUCCGGUGCCUUUUUGCCUUCCCCUGCUCCACCAGGGGCUACCGGACUAACAGUCUACUUGGCUGGCGGGCAGGGGCAGGUAGUUGGUGGCAUUGUCGUCGGUGCUCUCAUCGCAACCGGUCCGGUUAUUGUCAUCGCUGCUACCUUCACCAAUGCCACAUACGAGCGGCUACCGCUUGAGGAUGAGGAGGCAGCUGCCGGAGACAAGUCCGGAAAUAGCCAAAACAAUUCAACUUCUCAGAGCAUGGGGGAUCAGCAACAGCAGCAGCCUUCAAUGGGAAAUUACAAUAUGACUUCAAAUUUGGUGCCAAAUGGUCAGGUUUCUUCUCAUGAUGUGUUUUGGAGUCCUCCUCGAGCCCCACCUCCAUUCUAACAGAGAUAUACAGAAAUAUAGAGGGAGAGAAUGUGAUAGAGGAUUGAUAAGUUAAUUAGGUGCUAGUUUUGUUUGAACUUUUAAGAACUGAUUAAAUUUCUUUUUUCUGCAAAGCAUCUUGGCAUAUUAUCUGUAAGCAUAUAAAAUAUCUAUGAUCUUAUGGGA